GUUCCUAGUGAGAGAAACUCUGCCUUCUCUCUUGAGUUAGGUUUUCACACAUUUCAUCCCUCAAACACUGGUUUCACCUCUUUUUAACUUCUUUCACCAUCAAACCUUUAAGAAAUCAUCAUUUUCUUUCGCCAUUUGAUCUCUCAUCCUUAAUCUCUCAUUUUCUCUUUGUUUUCACACUUUUUAGCUAACGAUGGAAACUGACCAUCAUCACCUCCAAGCCCUCAUUCAAUAGACUGCUGCUCUCAACUGUGAUGACCCUUUUCCUCUUGAUUCUGUGCCUCUGGAGCUUCCGAAUCAGGAAUCGUUUUGCUUUCUAGGUCGAAUUUUAUCACCUAAUCCACCCGCUGUUUAUUGGGUCCGUGAAAUACUUAAUCAAGCAUGGAAGUUUGCCCUUCCAUUUGAUGUCGUUACUCUUCCAGAGGAAAAGUUUCUCUUUACAGUUCAUGAUGCUUCACAUGUUACAAAAAUAAUGGAGAAUGGUCCCUUGAAUAUUAAGGGAGCUUUGCUGAUCCUCAAGCCUUGGCCUCCAGAGCUCACUGCUGACGAAGUUGAUCUUCUCAAUUGCUCGUUUUGGGUACAGGAUGCUCUCUGCCCUGCCCUCCUCUCUUCCUUCAUCAUGCUCACCUCCCCAUAACAUGAUAGCAGAGAGAUGUUUUGACAGUAGAUCACAUGAAAUGGCUACAAACCAACCUUCAUGUAAUCCCGCGGAUGAAGACUAUAUUGAUAUGGAAGUGAGCUCUUCUUCCAACUUCUUCUGUUACUCUGUUAGUUCUCCCUCGCAAACCAGAGAGUUUGAGUUCCAAAUGACUUCACUCUCACAGGAUCAGAGAGUUCCCACAACUUCCCCAGCUGAUGAGCUCUUCUACAAGGGGAAACUCCUUCCUCUUCACCUCCCUCCUCGCUUACAAAUGGUGAGAAAAAUCCUCCAGAGUUCUAACACCCACCAAACAGAACAAGACCAUAGCAUUCCCUUCACCACUGCCACACCUUCUAAUGCCAGCAGCCCACUUGAAUCUCGCAACAUUUCGCCAUCGGAGUCUUGUCGGGUUAGUUGUGAACUAAACCCAGAUGAGCAUUUCUUUGAAUGGUCUAUUAAUGAAAGGAGUGGAUUAAUCCACGGCGAUCAUCCGAAGAAGCCUUGGUCCAAGAAGCUCAAGCAUAUCAAGCAACUCUUGCUCGGUCAAAAGCUCAAGGCUUCAAGAGCAUAUCUCAAGUCUUUGUUCAGCAAAUCUGGUUGUUCAGACGAAUCCUGUGCCAAGGCAGCAACCAAUGUAGGAGCAGAAAUUUUCUCAAAGGGAGCCAAGCAAAACCCAUCUGGCAAAAUUGAUGAUGAGAAAUACCAGAUAUCAAACACUUUCAUGAAGAGCAUUGGCAGAGAGAUGCUUGAGGAUGGUGUUAAUAGCCACAGGAGGUCUUUCUCCGGGGUGAUUCAACGGCAUUCUACAACAAAGUCUUCAUCUUCAUCAACAUCUUCAUCUGGGUCUUCAUCUUUCUCAUUUGGUUCAAAUGGUUUUAAUUAUGAUUUACAGUCGCUCAAGAGGAGUUGCAGCGCGAGUUCAGAGAUUGAGACUUCAAUAGAGGGGGCUAUCGCUCAUUGCAAACAGUCUCAGCAGCUGUUUAAUUCAACGAUUGUUAGUAAAGUUGGUGUUUCUUCGCUGUCUGUUUCAAGGGCUGCAGUUUCUGAGGAUCAAGAAAGAAGAGGAUUUUGCAGCAUUUGAUGGUAAUUAACUGGGGUCCAGGGAAAUGAAUUCCACGAGAGAGACGUGGAGAAAUACAUUUCCUGUUCAACUUUUUGAAAGUGGGCUUGACUCAAUGUAUUAUGUUGUUCAGAUAUAUCAUGGUUUGCAUGUACUAUUAGAAUA